GUCAACACUGAAAGAAUAAAUGUCAAUUUGUUGAGACUGAGAAAUCCGUGGGGUCAAAAGGAAUGGAAAGGUGCAUGGGGCGACAAUUCUGAUGAGAUGCUUAGCCUACCCCAAAACAUACGGGAUGAUUUGAAUUUUCAUUGCACAGAUGAUGGUGAAUUCUGGAUGAACUUUGAUGAUUUCAUCAAGAGUUUUGAUGCAAUUCACCUGUGUCAUUUUCAGAUAGAUUCACUUGUUUCAGAACUUGGACACAAUGAGAUAAAACAGAUGUGGUAUAUCAAUGUGGCUUCUGGUGCUUGGGUCAAGGACCACACAGCUGGUGGUUGUGGGCCUCACAGGGAUUUGUACAGAAUAAAUCCUCGAAUGACUAUCACUUUAUUGUCACCUGAUGUCACUCUUGAUCGUGGAGAUGACUGUACGUUGAUUGUAUCACUGCUGAGGAAGGAUACACGUGAUCAGCCGGAUAUUUUUAUUGGUUUUGAUAUUUACAUGCCAACAGACCGUGGACUCCAACAGAUUGGUAAUUCAAGUCUACACAGUGAUGAGUCAGCCACUCACUUUUCUCAACGAGAGGUCACCAGAAGAUUUGUGGUGAAACCUGGUAGAUAUGUCAUCAUUGUAAGCACUCACAAACCACAUCAGGAGGCUGAGUUUGUUCUGAGGGCAUUCACAGAGUGUCCAACUGCUGAAAGCAAGCAGAAUAAGAAUAAUCUAGAUGAGAGUGUGCACAUAAGCCAUGCAUGUAUACAUUUUUUUUGUCUGUUGUGUCCACCACACCAACCACCACUGCAGCCUGUUCCACCUCAAAAUGACCUGGUGUCUCGUACAUUUGUGCGACAUGCUGGGCCCGACCAGAAUUUAGAUGCCCAUGAACUCAGUACAUUUCUAGAGGAUAUUGCCACUGGUGAGUUUAGGGAUUCCUUGAAGUUGCCUGUUGAAUCCUGCCGUAGUCUGAUCAUAGUUUACAGUAAACAAAAGUCUGGAUUUUUAAAUCUGGAUGAAGCCAAACAAGCUUGGACACAAAUUAAAGGAUACAGGACUGUCUUCAAGCAGCUUGAUGUUAACAGGUCACAUUUUGUGGAUGCACAGGAGCUGGGUACUCUGUUUGUGAAGCUAGGAUUUCAAGUAAACCAAAGUCUCUUAAUCUCUAUUGUGAGGUGUUAUGGUGGAAGAAACGGUCAGAUCAGCCUUCCAGACUUUAUCUUGGUCAUCUGCAAACUGACGUUCCUAUUUUCUACUUUCCAAGAGCAGCUGAGGUCAAGGCCGGGUCAGAGAGAAUCUGCAGAAUUCACCAGAAAUGAGUUCCUGGAAUCAACAAUCUUGACCUAA